AUGUUUCCAAGGAAGCAGAAAUGGUCGAAGGGAACAUUAGUGUGCGGAGGGAAUGAGUUGAGGGAGGAGAUAGAGACGACAUCGAGGGAUGAUCGAAGCUCUCACAGCCUCUCCAGUGGUAUUCUUCCAGCUCUCGGAGCCCAUAGUAAUCGCAAAGUCAAGUUUCGUCGCUUCAUUAUCUCCCCAUUUGAUGCUCGUUACAGAGCAACUUAUCUUCUCAAUGACAACCCAAAGAUGAUUGCUUGGCGGUAUGGAAAAACUUGGUUGGUCUUUGAUGUGAUUUCUACAAUCCCUUCAGAACUUGCUCGGAGUGUUUUGCCCCCUCCGCUUCAAGAAUAUGGCUACUUCAAUAUGCUUCGCCUUUGGCGUCUUCGACGUGUCAGUGCCAUGUUUGCCAGAUUGGAGAAAGACAGGAACUUUAGCUAUUUUUGGGUUAGAUGUGCAAAGCUUAUAUUUGUAACUCUUUUCUCAGUUCACUUUGCUGGCUGUUUUUUCUAUCUUCUUGCUGCUCGUCAGAAGGAUCCAAAAAAGACUUGGCUUGGGACUUCUGGGGAGAAUUUUCAUGAGAGUGUGUGGGUCCGGUAUGUGACAGCAAUGUACUGGUCCAUCACCACAGUUACAACAACUGGAUAUGGUGAUCUGCAUGCUGUGAAUACACAGGAAAUGCUAUUCGACAUCUUUUAUAUGAUAUUCGACCUUGGGUUGAUAUCAUAUCUGAUUGGAAAUAUGACCAACUUGGUUGUACAUGGGACCAGCCGAACUAUGAAAUUUAGAGAUGUUAUUCAAGCUGCUUCAAGUUUCGCACAACGGAACCAACUACCUGUUCACCUGCAAGAUCAGAUGCUUGCACACUUGUGUUUGAGGCAUAGAACUGAUUUGGAAGGGCUGCAGCAACAAGAAACUAAUGAUGUGCUUCCUAAAGCUAUUCGAUCAAGUAUUUCACAUUUUCUCUUCUACUCGCUUGUUGAUACGGUGUACUUGUUCCGUGGUGUAUCAAACGAUUUACUUUUCCAACUGGUCUCAGAGAUGAAACCAGAGUAUUUUCCUCCCAGAGAAGAUGUGAUUUUGCAAAAUGAAGCACCCACAGACUUGUACAUUCUGGUGGUUGGAGCAGUGGACCUUAUCAUGCAUAGGAAUCGAGCAGAACAGGUGGUUGGAGAGUUAAAGAGGGGAGAUGUGUUUGGUGAGAUAGGUGUCCUCUGUUACCGGCCACAACUAUUUACUGUUCGAAUAAAACGAUUGAGUCAGCUAUUACGGUUGAACCGAACAGCUUUUCUAAAUAUUAUUCAGGCAAAUGUUGCAGAUGGGACAAUAAUCAUGAAUAAUCUCCUUCAGUAUUUGAAAGAGAGGAAGGAGCCAUUGAUGGAAGCAAUUUUGGUAGAGACAGAGCACAUGCUGGCCAAGGGAAGAAUGGAUAUGCCUCUAAGCUUAUGUUUUGCGGCAAUGAGAGGGGAUGAUCUAUUGUUGCAUCAGUUGCUGAGACGCGGUUUGGAUCCUAAUGAAUUGGACAGCAACGGGCGAACAUCUAUGCACAUUGCAGCUUCAAAAGGAAGUUUGGUAUCUGUGCUGCUACUUCUAGAUUAUGGAGGAGAUCCCAACAUAAAAGAUUCCGAGGGACAUGUGCCACUAUGGGAUGCAUUAUUGGGUAGGCAUGAAUCCGUGAUUAAUCUACUUGUAGAAAAUGGUGCAACGAUAUCUUCAGGCGAUGUUGGUCAAUUUGCAUGCUUUGCUGUUGAGCAAAGCAACUUAGACUUGCUUAAGGACAUAAUCCGUCAUGGUGGGGAUGUUACUAUGCUCAAUAACAUGGGAACUACUGCACUCCAUACUGCAAUUUCCGAAGAGAAUGCUGAAAUAGUUAAGUUUUUGGUAGAGCAAGGAGCCGACAUUGACAGACCAGAUGUGCAUGGCUGGACACCAAGGGCUCUGGCCUAUUAUCAGUGCCAUGAAGAAAUAAAAGUUCUAUUUCAGACCAACAAAGAGAAGAAAGACCAACCUGUUGUCCCAGUUCCUGAGAUGCAUGAUGUGCCAUACCUUAAAAAGUAUCAGAGUGAGCCAACAAUACCUCCUUUACCCCCCGAGGUUACAUCAGCGAAUGUGAAACAGGUUUCCUGGUCCAAUAGACAUUGGAGACGAAGGGCCAACAAUUUCAAUAAUUCACCCUUUGGAAUCAUGUCAGCAUUCCAUAGACCCAAUAGCGGUGGAAGCAGUGUUGUUAAAUCUCCAACCAACUUGGUGCGUCCACAGAAUUUACGUGAUAUCCGUGCUAGAGUGACCAUUAGCUGCCCAGAAAAAGGUGAAGUUGCUGGAAAGGUUGUGCUUCUCCCCAAGUCUCUACAGGAGUUACUUGAUAUUGGUGCCCAGAAAUUCGGGUUCUCUCCUGCCAAAGUUCUAACUAAGGAUGGCGCUCAAGUGGACGACAUAGCAGUUGUUAGAGAUGGUGAUAAACUUGUUCUUGCUAGUGAUGAUGGAGCUGAAAAUUCAUAUAGAUGGUGAUGGUGGAGAAAUUGUUCAAAAAAACAGGAGAAUUUUACAUUAAUGCGACACAAGUUCAUUUUUGUUGCAUGUUACAA